CACGCGAUCAAAACACAUAGUCAUGCUCUUAUCCCAUUAUAACUAGGACUUUUAACGUAAUUUAACUUUUCUAAUUAGAAAUGAUAGAAUUUGACCAAGUUAACACCGCUACUAGACCUUUUGCGUUGGUGGCUUGUCAGUUCGCGAUGGUUUCCAAAGGGUAUCUCAACAGAGUUUGAGCCAGUGAAGAUCUUUUGCUUUGAUGUGUAAGUGCGCCUCAAGAUGAGUCUGAAAGGGUAUCUUAACCGUAAGAUCACCACUAAGUUAGAGAAAAGGCUCAUAUUUACGGUGUGUUUGUUGAGUUUGGUGGUGCUGGUGUUGUUUGUGGUUACUUUAACUAAAGGUAGCGAUAUUUGUGAGACCCCAGGCUGUAUACAAAGUACCCUACAGCUUUUGGAAACCAUAGACACAACUAAGAACCCAUGUGAAGACUUCUACAACUAUACAUGCGGUACAUUUCUGAAAAACUCAAUAAUAACGGGAAGAGAUCAGGCUUUACAUGAUCAAAUGAAACUAACAGACCAACAACUUAAAAACAUUGUUCUAGGAGAUUAUGAUGAAUCGAAUUUGACAAAAACUGUAGUAUGGCAGAGGAAGUUUUACAGGUCUUGUAUAAACAAAACAAAAAUCAAUCAAGAAAAUGAGAAGGCGGUCUUGAAUAUACUGGAGGAAGUCAUAGGAGGUUGGCCACUAAUAAAAAGCUAUUGGGUAGCUGAUCAAUUUGAAUGGCAUAAAGCAGUAGUAAAUGCAAGAGAAGCAGGAGUUUUUUACGAAUUCUUUCUUAAAGUGCAACCAUACUCGUUUGAUGACAGGACAGUUCUAUGGAUAUAUCCUCCCAGGUAUCCUCCUGAUGUACAGUAUGUCGACUAUUUCAUGUGGGAAAAGGAAAACUUGAAACCUAUGGAAGAAAUAGCUAACUAUAUGAAUCCAAAUAGUGUUACAAUAGCAAGCGAAUUCGCUCAAACGUUCGAGUUUGCUAGAGCACUAAAUGAAACUAUAUACCGACACUAUUAUAGUGACAAUAAGACUGACAGAAUGUAUAUGUCAAUCAAAGACAUCAAGCAUCCUUAUAUCAGACUAGAUUGGCUAAACUUUUUAAAAAACAUUACGAGGCUGCCACUUACAGGAAACGAAAUCGUAGCAUUUGAUGUUUAUGACUAUUUAAAAGACUUUUAUUACGUUCUUCUGAGGACGCAAAAACGGUACAUCGCAAACUAUAUUGGAUGGGGCUUAGUACUGAAGUAUAUUCACUACUUGCCAGAUAAAUUCCGAGCGACAUACUUGGAGAUGAAAAAAGUUGUCAAGGUGGAGGAUUUCGAUAGGAAAAAUAUAUGCUAUAUUCAUGCAACAAAAAUAUUCCAGUAUAUAGCUGAAACCGAAUACCUGAGAAGGUACACAACACCGAAAAAGAUAAAAUAUGUAAAAGAAAUGCUAAGUGAUAUAAAGCAAGAACUUAGAAAUACCAUACUACAGACCGAGUGGAUUGAACCAAAUUCAAAGCGGGUCACAUUUGAGUUUAUAAAGAAUAUGACGGAGGCCAUUGGAUGGACGGAAGAUGUACUUGACACCAAGAAGUUUGACAAGACCAUGCAUUACGACAAGGUCAAGUUUACCAGCGAUAAUGCUAUUGAAAUGCGAAGGAUAAUAGAAAAAAAUAAACUGGAUAGUUCCUUCGAACGUCUUUACAGGAACAUAAGUAAUGAAGAGGAACGUAUGAGAGAACCAAAAGUUGUUGUUAAUGCUUAUUUCGCCAUUGAGACUUUAUAUCUGCCAACUCCUCUACUUCAAGGCAUUAUCUUUGACGAAGAUAGGCCGGCCUACAUAAACUAUGGAGCCUUAGGGUCAAUAAUAGGGCAUGAGUACACCCAUGGGAUCGUAUCGUACCUAAGAAAUAAUGGAGAGACGUACUUCACCAAGAACGAGACGUUAGACAGGUUUCAUAAUGACUCUAUAUGCAUUAUGCAAGACUAUAAUAACUUUGAAUACCUCAGGGAUGAAUUUAGUAAAAAUGGUACACAAACCUUCGAAGAAAACGUAGCAGACUAUCUUGGCGUGAUCCUAGCAUACAGGGCGUACCAAAAUUGGGUGUCCCGUCACGGGUCCGAAAAACUCCUACCAAGCAUCAAUUUGACCCAAAACCAAAUGUUUUGGGUUGCUGCCAGUUCGUACAUGUGCCACGAGCCUAGAAUGUCCAAAGAGCAUGUGAAUCCAAGCAUCUCAGUACAUGGAGCUCCGAGCUUUAGGGUCAUGGGAAGGCUGAUGAGCUCUAAAGAUUUCGCUAGGGACUAUGGGUGCGCCCUUGGGUCGAAAAUGAAUCCAAAAGAGAAGUGUAUAUUGUAUGCUUGAAUGGCCGUAGAUGUAUGUUAAGAAAUUAGUUUUUGAUGUGUCUGAAAAGCAGUGACGAGCGCAUUGUGUAAUCAUGUAAAAUACAUCAUUGUAUACACGUAUACAAUUGUAACUGUAAAUGUAAACAAUGUAGACAAUACAUACAAUAGCAAAUGAUAGCUCAAUUAGGUCACAUGCAUAUAUGAAAUGCUUAUAGAAUUGAUAUUUGAAUAAUCAGAAAAUGUAUAAAUAUAGACAUCUGCUAUCUGUAUACACAAAGUUAUAGUUUCACGCCAAUUAGGAACAUUUUUAUAAUAAAGUAAGAUAUAUUCUGGAAACAAAACUCACCCUUGGCUCAGUUCAUUCAGCAUCUUUGAACAAAACGAAUCACGGUUCAUGAAUUUCCUUAUUUUUAGGGCGUCCAACAAUAUUGUUUCCUUAAUUGCCGGUUUACCGAUGUUUAGACGUUUGCGUUUGACAACCUAACAUACUGCUAUUCUAUAUAUUGUUUUCAUCACUAUAUGAAACAUUGUAUACAUAUUGAUUACAUUGGAUGCGCAUUCUAUACAUUGUCUACAUUGAAACGUAGACAAUCUAUGUAAACUACUGUUCAAAAGUUACCAAUCCAUUAGCAAUUUGAAUGAGCUUGAUAUCGAUGAGGCAAAAACUUCACACUCCUGGAAGAAUUUAUCUAACUCGAUGUUCAAACAAAAAAAAAAUGUAUUUGUCUGAUGUUGACAGUUUUCGGGUUUUAAGUGAUUUAAUGUUUGAAAAACCAAAAAAAUAGUAAUUUUCAGUGCCUCGAAACUUAUUGCUGUUAUCGCCAAGUGUAUGAGAAUCUGGGCACAAUAUUUCGAAGAGUAUUUUGAACUCCGCUCAAUUUAAAUAAUUGCUAUUUAAUUGUUAAUUAACGCCUCUCACAGCGCUUUUUCUAUACGCUAAAAGGAUGGUCGCGUGGCUGAUUGUGUGUUAUCAAUAAUAAAAUAACAAUGAUUUAAAACAAAGUAGGUGUUAAGCACUUUCCGGAUUUCUGUAGAGGAAGAUUUGAACUUCAAUUUGGGUCACAUUCUUUCAACGGAAUUCUUAGGCAUUUGAGAUGAGCAUUUUCAGGGUCUUUCAGACAUUGGAUCUCUCAUAAUUCUAAAACAGUUAACCUUUGAGAAGAGUUGCUAAGAAUCUUUUCUGUUAAGAAUGAUACAGAAAACCUAACACAGUUUUGUCAUUUGUUCAAACAAAUUUGAACCGGGUUGUAGUUGAACAAGCUCUUGAUUAAAAAUAAGGGAUGUCAAACAAACAUGAUUAUGAAAAAAUCGGACUGGAAAAUUGUUUCGCCUCGUUUAAUAGUACUUUGAGUAGGUAUAUCAUUUUCCUUGUACCGCUUCGAGAUUUUACAGAGUGAUCUGAAUAUUUAUUUUGAUAUUUUUUAUAUUUUUAAUAAAAGCUUCCAAUCAUUA